AUGUGGGUGACCAACCUUCUGGCCCUCUGUGCCCUAGCGGCUGCAGUGCCCUCGGAAGAUAAGAAGCUGAGCGAUAAGGCAACCACCUUAGCUGACCGCAGUGCAACUCUCGCCUUCAACCUCUACCACACGAUGGCUAAAGACAAGAACAUGGAGAACAUCCUCGUGUCUCCCGUGGUGGUGGCCUCCUCGCUCGGCCUGGUGUCACUCGGUGGCAAGGCCACCACAGCCUCCCAAGCCAAGGCCUUGCUCAGCGCCGACAAGCUGAAUGACGACUACGUUCACGGCGGGCUGUCAGAGCUCCUGAACGAGGUCAGCAACUCCACCGCCCGCAACGUCACCUGGAAGCUUGGGAACCGCUUGUAUGGCCCCAGCUCCAUCAGCUUUGCUGAUGACUUUGUGAAGAGCAGCAAGAAGCACUACAACUACGAACACUCCAAGAUCAACUUCAGGGACAAGAGGAGCGCCCUGAAAUCCAUCAACGAGUGGGCAUCCCAGACCACCGAUGGCAAGCUCCCCGAGGUCACCAAAAACGUGGAGAAGACGGACGGGGCCCUGAUCGUGAACGCCAUGUUCUUCAAACCUCACUGGGAUGAGAGGUUCCAUCACACGAUGGUGGACAACCGUGGCUUUAUGGUGACCCGUUCCUACACAGUGGGAGUUCCCAUGAUGCACCGCACAGGUCUGUACAACUACUUUAAUGAUGAGGCUGAGAAACUUCAGAUUGUGGAGAUGCCUCUCGCUCACAAACUCUCCAGCAUGAUCUUCAUCAUGCCCAACCACGUGGAGCCACUGGAGAGAGUUGAGAAGCUGCUGACCAGAGAGCAACUGAAAACUUGGAUCGGCAAGUUGAAGAAGAGAGCCGUGGCUGUUUCCCUGCCGAAAGUCAGCUUGGAAGUCAGCCACGAUCUUCAGAAACACUUGGCGGACCUUGGCUUGACUGAAGCCAUGGACAAGAACAAGGCUGACCUGUCCAAGAUUUCAGGCAAGAAAGAUCUGUACCUUUCCAACGUUUUCCAUGCUGCGGCCCUCGAGUGGGACACCGAGGGGAACCCCUUUGAUGCCGACAUCUACGGCCGAGAAGAAAUGAGGAAUCCGAAACUCUUCUACGCCGAUCACCCAUUCGUCUUUGUGAUCAAGGACAAUAAAACCAACUCCAUUCUUUUCAUUGGCAGGCUAGUGAGGCCCAAAGGGGACAAAAUGCGCGAUGAAUUGUAG